UUUUAUUCAAAUUUGAAUUUAAAAAUGGAAAUUGAGCAACAAACCCCAGACGAAGAAUGUACUGUAAACUUUACCAGUAGUGUUCUUGAGCCACAGCACGACACUACAGAAGAAAGUAAAACCCUAUCUAAGCCAUCUAAGCUUGAUAACAUGCAAGAUGUGACGCCAGUCAAUCGAAGUAGGAGUGAAACACAACUGAUUAAUAACCACAAAAGCCAUAGAAGCAACAACAACAAACUUUUAGAGAUUAAAGAUCAAACUAUUAAAAAGAGAGAUCAAGAAAUUGAACAGCUCAAAUCUCAAUUGCAUUCUCUUGAAGAAUCAACUCAAAAGAGGCUAGACAGACAAAGAGCCAAGGUGUUAUAGCAUACGAUGAACUUCAAGAAGAAAAUCAGGAGCAGAAAUGUUUAAUAGAACAACUUUACUCUGACAUUUCACAUCUAAAGCAAACGCAUCAGGCUGAAAUGGACGAUCAAGAGUACACUCUUAAGCUAAAAUACGAGCAGAUGCUUCAAGAUCAACUCAAAAAUAGAAGGGUUGAACUUGACCAGUACUUGCUUCAGACAAAUCCAAAUGACCUCCAGAAUGAAUCUAUUCAAGAAAUAACAUCAAAAGUUCCUCGAAAAGAUAGCUACGAACGAAACCAACUCGAGAGCUCAAAUGCACAUGAGUAUGCUCUUGAUGGUCAACAGCAGAGACUUGAAGAGCUAGAAGCCAGAAUUCGUGAGGAAUGACAACAAGAGUACGAGCAAAGGAUGCAAGAUUUCCUCCAAGAAGCUGAGCAGAUCCACAAUCGUGAAAUUGCCAGAUUAUCAAGUAAUCCACAUCAGAAUCCAAAGUCAGAGCUCGUCCUUCGUGCUGAAAUGUACGAUAAAGUAAAGCAAGAUAUGCAGGAAGAAAUUGAGGAGAAAAUUAUAAUAGAACUAACCACCACUGUUAAAGAAAGUAUCGAAAAAGAUUUGAAAGCUACUUAUGCUAAGAAGCUAAAAAUCCAAGUUCAAGAGAAACUUGAGGAAGAAAUUGAUAUAAAGACUAAAGAAAUCACUAAGAAGAUCAAAACUGAGCAAGUCAGAAAGCUCAAAUCAGAGAAGGAGAAGCUACAGAAGAAGUAUAAACAACAAUUUGAAGAAGAAACCAAAGCUGAAUGGGAUAAAAUUAAAGCAGCCAAAAAUGAAAUCUCAAGAAUCAGAUCUAGAGAACAGGUAAAGGUCAAAAACAUCAAGCAAGAGAAAGAAAAGCUGGAUAAUUUUGUAAAACUUAAGGAAAUGGAACUUCAGAGGAAGAUCAAUGAGCUAAAUGACCAAGUUAAUCUCCUAAAAGCACAGAAUGAAGAGUUGGAGCGGUCUACUAUUAAGCAACUGAAUAAAUCCUAUAAAGAAAACCAUACCAAAUAUGAACACAAAGUCAACUUUUUAGGCGGUGGAAAUUUUAUUUAUGAAGAAAAGGCCAAUACUAUUGUUAGUGACUCUGAGAAAGAGAAUGAAUAUACACUCAGAAAUAAAAUAGGCAAACCAAAACGUGUGCUGAUCCCCUCUCAAGAAGCUACAAAUGAGAGUAUCGAGUCAACCAAUAGAUCUGGUAGAGAUUAUGUUCUCUCUAGUGGAAAAUCUAGACAUCGAGAUGGUGCUAAAAACUAUGGCUUAUUUGACGCAGAAGAAUAUUCGGAAGAUAAUAGAGAGCAAUCCGAAACUUCUGAAUCUCAAAACUAUGAUAACGAAAUUUUGGAAUCAUCUCCUCAAGAAUUUGACAUAAAUAUCCAAAGAAAUUUAUAUAGUCUUCCUUCUGAUUAUCAAGAUCGUAGCAGGGAUAGAAAGUUUCUACUGGCAAAUAUAAAUAGCGUGGAAACUGCUGACUGGGGAGUUCAAAAUAAUCCAAGAUUUCAAUAAAA